AUGCUUCAGCAGGACAUGCCUCAGCAGCAAGGACUCAUUCCUGCCAUUCCUCUACCGCCUCAGGCUCCCAUUCAAGGCGUCAACCAGUUUGAAACACCCGCUUGUGACUCCCACACCCAGUCAUUGCAAGGGGCGUUGGUGGGACACAGCGAGCAAGUCAGGUUAGACAUGAAAAAUCCGACUGUGUGGGGGAGUGGUGAAGCAGAAAUUGCUGGAGGAGGGAUGGAUGGAGAGAGGAAAGUAGGAGGGGACGGCGGAUUCAGUGGCUUGGAGGAAAUGAUUUGCCUCACCAGCGGGUAUGGAGGAGCAAGGGGCUCUGGAAUGGAAGGAGAGGGGAAAGGAAGGGGAGACGGCGGGGUCGGUGGCUUGGAGGAGAUGAUUUGCCUCACCAGCGGGUAUGGAGGAGCACAUGGCUCUGGGAUGGAGCACAGAGAAAAUCACUUCCCAGGAGGGGUGGGGGCAGCAGGGGUAGCAGCAGCUGGUUCAGGGAUGGCAGGUGCUACUGUGAGAGUUGAAACAACUGGGACAGAGUCAACUGGUGCACGUUUGAUGGAAGUAAGGGGUGGAGUUGCAGUGGCAGGGGUAGCUGCAGCAGCGAGAGGAGGAGAAGGUGACCUGCUGACAUCGGUAGAUGGGUUGGAGGAGCUAACAGAUGUGGAGGCACUUUUACUGACUGGGGAGGGAGAAGUAAGCUUUCUCAGCAGCAUGUUCAGCUGGAUCAGCCAGCAUCCCAGUAGCAGCAUGAUCGGUGCUAUCCAGCCUGUUGGCACCUUCCAUACCACUGGGACUGGCAUGGUCAUCAGUCAACUGCCUGAGGGACUGGCACCUACCAUACCACUGGGAUCUACCCCGUAUCCGCCAAUGCAUACUGGGGAUGAAGGCUCAUUUGCAUUAGAGGAAAGGGUUGCUGCGGCCAUGGCUGCUUUUCCCACUGCCAAUACCUCUGGUGGCAGUGACGGCAUGUGGUCAAAGGGCCAGGGCGCUCUGUUGCUGCCGGGGUCUUAUUUCAAAGCUCCGGGAAGUGGGGCAGUGGGUGCACUCUCUUGGCUCUCCCUACGGAAUGGCUCUUUCCUUGAGUGA